CUUCUGAGUCUUCUAUAAUGUUUGACAGUACCUUCAAGAAGAAGGCACCUAAUGCCAUCAAAGAGCUCAGGAAGUUUGCACAGAAGGCUAUGGGCACGACAGACGUCAGGAUCGACGUGAAGCUCAACAAGCUCAUCUGGAGCAGUGGGAUCAGAAGCGUGCCCCGUAGGGUUCGCGUGAGGAUUGCCCGCAGGAGGAACGACGAGGAGGACGCCAAGGAGGAGCUCUACUCACUCGUCACUGUUGCCGAGGUGCCUGCUGAGGGUUUGAAGGGGCUGGGAACCAAGGUUGUCGAUGACACUGAGUAGAAUCUUUCUUUAUCUACAUCGUUAGAAUGAGCUGUUAUUUUGCAUUGCACCAGCAUGUUUUUUGUAUCCCAUGGAAGUUUUGGAGUAUGGAAUAUCGCAAGCUAUCUAUUUUCCUUCAUCUAAAUCUUGAUGGUUGGUUUUGCCCUUCA